GGCUGGUGCGGGGCGGGUGGGCCCCGGAAUUGUCAUUUCUUUGUUUCCGAAGGCGGAGGAGGCUCGGCGCCCCCCUCCUGGCCCCCCUCCCCCCCGGUGCUGGCUCCAUGUCUGUGUGACCGGCCGCAGGGGUAGGAUUCAGGCCCGACGCGGGGCGGGCGGCGGCGGCGGCUGAGGUGAGAGGAGGCGGCGGCGGCGGCGGCGCGGCGGCGCGGCUCGGGCACCGGGCCCCCCAGCGGGAGGAUGAAGCGGCGGAACGCCGACUGCAGUAAGCUCCGCCGCCCCCUGAAGCGGAACCGGAUCACCGAGGGGAUCUACGGCAGUACAUUUUUAUACCUGAAAUUCCUGGUAGUGUGGGCACUUGUCCUCCUCGCCGACUUUGUCCUGGAGUUCCGGUUUGAGUACCUGUGGCCAUUUUGGCUUUUCAUCAGAAGCGUCUAUGAUUCCUUCAGAUACCAGGGACUGGCCUUCUCAGUAUUUUUUGUUUGUGUAGCAUUCACUUCAAAUAUCAUAUGUCUCCUCUUCAUUCCCAUACAAUGGCUUUUUUUCGCUGCUAGCACAUAUGUAUGGGUCCAGUACGUAUGGCACACAGAAAGGGGAGUGUGUCUGCCUACAGUGUCCCUCUGGAUACUCUUUGUUUAUAUUGAAGCAGCAAUUAGAUUUAAGGAUCUGAAAAACUUUCAUGUAGACCUUUGUCGACCAUUUGCUGCUCACUGUAUUGGGUACCCUGUGGUGACUUUGGGCUUUGGCUUCAAAAGUUAUGUGAGCUACAAAAUGCGGUUAAGGAAGCAGAAGGAAGUUCAGAAGGAGAACGAGUUUUACAUGCAGCUUCUUCAGCAGGCCCUCCCUCCAGAGCAGCAGAUGCUGCAGAAGCAGGAGAAGGAGGCCGAGGAAGCAGCCAAGGGAUUGCCGGACAUGGAUUCCUCAAUCCUUAUACACCACAAUGGAGGCAUCCCAGCCAACAAAAAACUGUCCACAACGUUGCCAGAGAUAGAAUAUCGAGAAAAAGGGAAAGAGAAGGACAAGGAUGCCAAGAAACACAACCUUGGAAUAAAUAACAACAACAUUCUACAACCUGUAGACUCUAAGAUACAAGAGAUUGAGUAUAUGGAAAACCAUAUCAAUAGUAAAAGAUUAAACAAUGAUCUUGUGGGAAGUACAGAAAAUCUCUUAAAAGAGGACUCAUGCACUGCUUCCUCAAAAAAUUACAAAAAUGCCAGUGGAGUUGUGAACUCCUCGCCUCGAAGUCACAGCGCUACAAAUGGAAGCAUUCCUUCCUCGUCUAGUAAAAACGAGAAGAAGCAGAAGUGCACCAGCAAGGGCCCGAGUGCACACAAGGACUUAAUGGAGAACUGUAUUCCUAACAACCAGCUGAGCAAACCAGAUGCGCUGGUAAGGCUGGAACAAGACAUUAAAAAGCUAAAGGCUGACCUGCAAGCCAGCCGGCAAGUGGAGCAAGAGCUGCGCAGUCAGAUCAGCUCCCUCUCAAGCACAGAACGAGGCAUCCGCUCAGAAAUGGGCCAGCUCCGGCAGGAGAACGAGCUGCUGCAGAACAAGUUACACAAUGCCGUGCAAAUGAAGCAAAAAGACAAGCAGAAUAUCAGCCAGCUGGAGAAGAAGCUGAAAGCUGAGCAGGAAGCCCGAAGCUUUGUAGAAAAGCAGCUAAUGGAGGAGAAAAAAAGGAAGAAGUUAGAAGAAGCCACAGCUGCACGGGCUGUUGCCUUUGCUGCUGCAUCUAGGGGAGAGUGCACGGAAACGUUACGGAGUCGGAUCAGAGAGCUAGAAGCUGAGGGCAAGAAGCUCACAAUGGACAUGAAGGUGAAGGAGGAGCAGAUCAGGGAACUGGAACUGAAGGUUCAGGAGCUUCGGAAGUACAAGGAAAACGAGAAAGACACCGAGGUGUUGAUGUCGGCCCUCUCCGCCAUGCAAGACAAAACGCAACACCUAGAGAACAGCCUCAGUGCAGAGACAAGGAUCAAGCUGGACCUGUUCUCUGCACUUGGUGAUGCAAAGAGGCAGCUGGAGAUUGCCCAGGGGCAAAUCCUUCAGAAAGACCAGGAAAUCAAGGACCUAAAACAGAAGAUAGCUGAAGUCAUGGCUGUCAUGCCCAGCAUAACAUACAGUGCUGCCACCAGUCCCCUGAGCCCCGUGUCCCCCCACUACUCUUCCAAGUUUGUGGAGACCAGCCCUUCUGGACUUGACCCUAAUGCCUCUGUCUACCAACCCCUGAAGAAAUGAUGGCCAACUGUGUGUUUGCCCAGCAUUUGGAACCAGAAGGCUUCGAGAAGCAGCGUCUCUGGCAGUCAAGAUAAAAAAGUUGAUAUUGUGUUUUGUGGGACCGUAUAUGUUGUCAUUUUUAAAGGGGGGAAAUAACAUCCAAUCUGAUUAGAACGCCCAUCAGUUGUUCUUGGAAGUUUUUAGAAGACCUCAUAGGACUUUGCAGUUUAUUUUUCUUGGCCAACACAUUAAAACCAUUCUUGGAUUUCAAGUA